UUCCGUUCGACCGUUGGCUUCUGUCUGAAACCCGUAACAAGUCUGGAUGUCUGGAUUCUGGAUCUCGCUCUUCAUUUAUUUUUCUCCUCGUGUGUCCACAAUUCACAAUAAGGAGUGAGGUGUGAGGUACAAUCAUUCAUAAGCAAGCAACGUUACCGUAUUAUGGUUGCCGGUCCUACCAGCGCAAUUAAUGUUAUCUUCUUCGUCGCGUCACUGUGCAUCCGCCCCUCUGUGGCUCAGGGCUUUCUUCGCAACUCGGAGGAGAGCGAAUUUCCAUUCGAGUUGUAUGGCUCGGACGUAGUCGUCGUCAACAGAACUGAUGUCGAAUUCCUGGCGAGUGAUGAGCUCGGUGGACGUAACGAUGGAACUACUGGCUCUCUCCUAGCGCAAGAGUUUUUGAUCGACAAGUUGCAAGCGAUGGGUGCGGUUGGCCUCGUAUCAUCAAAGUCAGGACGAGAUGCGUUCCGGCAAGACGUAUACAGCCGUGGCACCAAUAUACUUGGCAUCUUGCCGGGGAGCGACCUUUCGAAUGAGCAUAUCUUUCUGAGUGCUCACUAUGACCACAUUAGCUUCUGCGAAAUCAAGGCGAACGCAGAUAGCAAUAUCUGCAAUGGUGCUACCGACAACGCUGCUGGGGUUGCCGUCGUGCUGGGCAUAGGGUCACGGAUUGCGGAACUUUCCGAGCGGCCACGGCGGAGCAUUGUGUUUGGAUUCUGGGAUAGAGAGGAAGAUGGACUCAUUGGAUCCCAAUACUUCAUUGAAGAGGAUCCGCUGAUCCCAUUGUCCCAGAUCACAACUUUAUUGAACUUUGACAUCAUGGGCUCGAACCUGCUGCCAAGUUUACGAAAGGUCUCGUUUGCAAUCGGAGCGGAGAGCGGUGGAAGUCAACUAGAAUACUUGGUUGAGCAAGCUGUUAUUAGUGAUGUUAGCGGAGAUCUCAAUACUGUCACGAUCAGUGCAAUUCUCGGUUCACAGCGCAGCGACUACUUCAACUUCUACGAAAUGGACGUUCCCAUUGUUUUCUUUUCCGACUCUACGGGCCCGUGUUACCACACGAAUGGUGACGAGAUUAAAAACGUUGACUUUGACAAGCUUGAAAAGCAAGCUAGAGUGGCUCUCAAACUCACAUACAAUCUUGCAACAACAAACCGGAAAAUCAAGUUUACGGAACCGUGCAUAAAUCCCACGAACGAGCUUUCUGGAAUUGAUUUGCUACUCUUCCCAGCAGAGUUCAGUGACCUGCGUGUACUCAACAAUUUAGUCAACCAAGCCUAUGAAGACAUUGAUCUUUUUCCCGAAGCCGCCAAGCCAGAGUUUGAGUUUAUCAAGUCUGAGCUCAACUGCCUCACGCGCUGGGGGCCCAUAGCAUUUCCCUUCAUCUUGGCACUUGACACGGAGCGAUUGUUCAUUCUGCUGCCUCUGAUUGAUAUUUUUACAACUCCGGAAUGCGCUGGUUUCCAAGCUGAUUCUAGCUAGAUCGAAAAGCAGUUAUGGGAAACCAAUGCCAUGUAUGCAACCUAGCCCAGCUAGCUAGCUUGUACUGCAAAGGGAUCCAUAUUGCCAAGACAGCACCUGCAACGGGUGAAACCUCCAAGAGCUACGGGUGGCCGUCUCCCGUCCAGCUACAGGAGGAGAGGGAGAAAGUUUUGUACGGUAGAGGGCCUUGAAGCAAUAGGCCAGAAUGUAUAGAGAGCCUGCCCGCAACAGUUCCGAGUGCAGGGAGGAGACGUCCAUCGGACUGUGAAGUUGUAUAUAUUCAUCAGGUAGGCGGCACUGUGUUUCCAAAGAAUGGGUUGAAUUGCAACCCUGCUUCGGGACGGGACCAGCUAAAUUCAAUGUGUGAUGGCAACCUCGGUGGAUCGAAACCGAAUCAUUGAAUAUAGUCGGGCUCAAGAUUGGUGAAACGCGA